AGACUUAAAAAAGACAAAGAUCCUCGUUGAGCUCCUCACGCUAUAAAAGGAGAGAAUGUAGCGGAGUCCAACCCCACUAUUUGUAUCCUUUUCCAAAAUUUCUGGAUUUCUCUCUCGUAUUCUCUCUCCUCCUCUCUGUGAGUCCUCUUUAUCUUUGUCGCCAUGUCUGCGGAAUCAACAACUGCAGUCCAAAGAGCACAAGUUGAUCUAUUGGACUUUGUAGAUUGGAGUAGUAUUGAAUGUCUCAACUACAACUCUAGUCAUUCCCUCGUUAAUGCCCUGAAACAGGGUUACAGAGAAGACGAGGGUUUGUAUCUGGAGAGCGAUGCGGAUGAACAGCUCUUGAUUUAUAUUCCUUUCACCCAGGUCAUUAAGCUGCAUUCUAUCGUUGUCAAGGGUCCUGAAGAGGAAGGUCCUAAGAAUGUGAAACUCUUUGCAAACAAGGAACAUAUGGGUUUUAGUAAUGUUUCUGAUUUCCCACCUAGUGACACUGCUGUGCUGUCCACAGAAAAUCUUGAGGGCAAGCCAGUUAUCUUAAAGUAUGUUAAGUUUCAGAAUGUUCGUAGCUUGACAAUUUUUAUUGAGGACAACCAGUCUGGUGCUGACAUCACAAAAGUUCAAAAAAUUGUUCUCUAUGGAACAACGGUUGAAACAACGGACAUGAAAGGGUUGAAGAAGAUCGACGAACAUGGUCACUGAGAGAAUGGACAAGUGGAAGAGAAAAUUGAACUUUCAGUUGUUAUCAGAGCAGAGGGGAACACUGCAUCCUCUUUCUCUCUCUCUCUCUCUCUUGUAGUUCUCUUGAAUUCUUGAUACUAAUAUAUGAAUUUUUGAUUUAUCUUAAUUUUAGAAGGCCUGAAGAGGUCGUCUUUUAUCUGAAGAAAAUGGGAAAAACAAAACACGAUAUUUAUGGUC